UCCAAACUAGCUAGCUACUUAUCACCAUGCUAGCCUUGUCCCCUCCUUUUUUUUCACCCUUUGGUUGGCCAUUUGAGGACCCCAUAAGCCAUGAACACAACUAUAAUAAUACUAGUUUUAACACACAAACACAAACUACUUCACACUCACUUGAUCUUCAUUUUCCUUCAUUUCAACCACAGUUAGGGUUCUGCAACGAAUCCACACUACCUCUAACUGCCGGUGAUCCCACCGCCACGGUUAAAAAAUUUAACCAUAAUGCUAGUGAGCGCGAUCGUCGCAAGAGGAUUAACAAUUUGUAUUCAUCCCUCCGUUCACUGCUUCCUGCAGCAGAUCAAUCGAAAAAAUUAAGCAUUCCACAAACAGUGUCACGUGUGAUAAAAUACAUACCAGAGCUACAAAAGGAAGUGGAGAGACUGGUUCAUAAGAAGGAAGAGAUUUUGUCAAUGGUGUCGAGGCAAGAAGAUACAAAUAGUAUUGAAAAGCAAGGACAAGUAGUGGAGAUUCAAAACUCUCUAUGUGUUGUCUCAGCAAGUCAAUUAGGUGAUAGAGAAGUGGUGGUUCAGAUAUCCACAGUGAAGGACAAUAAGAGUCUAUUAUCUGAGGUUUUGCUAAAUCUAGAAGAGGAUGGAAUUCUUUUAAUGAAUGCUUCUUCUUUUGAAUCUUUUGGAGGGUGGGUCUUCUAUAAUCUGCAGCUUCAGGUACAAGGAACUCAGAACAUAGAGGUUGAGAUGCUGAGAGUGAAGUUGUUAUGGAUGUACAAGGAAAUGGAAUUGCAGUUUCCUUGAAUAUUUUGGCACUAAAUAAUCUAACAGGAGGUUGUUGUAAUUUGUAGAUAUUUAAUAAAAUAAUCACAUGCAUCGAGUACGAUAUUAAAAAAAAAACUUGUUCUACUAAUGCCGAGGUUAAAAGGUAA